UAUGAAGAUGUGGAACAGCUUUCUUAGUCGUUCUUUACUUAUCAUAGCUUCACUGAUUCUUCUAUGUUCCAGUGUAAGAGUAAGAUCCCAAUUAACCACUGAUUUCUACCACAAUUCAUGUCCGAAUCUUCUGAAAAUCGUGCAUCAAGAGGUUAAGACUGCUAUCGAGAAUGAAGUGCGAAUGGCAGCUUCUUUGCUCCGACUUCACUUCUAUGAUUGCUUUGUUAAUGGUUGUGACGCAUCAGUUCUGUUGGAUGGGAGUGAUGGUGAGAAAUUUGUUGGGCCUAACUUAAACUCUGCAAGAGGAUUUGAUGUUGUGGAUACUAUCAAGAGUGUUGUUGAGAGCUCAUGCAGUGGAGUUGUAUCUUAUGCUGACAUACUAGCUAUCGUAGCCAAAGAUGCAGUUCUAUUAAGUGGAGGACCUUCAUGGAAAGUUCUUCUAGGACGAAGAGAUGGGUUGGUGGCAAAUCAAACAGGAGCUAACGAUGGCCUUCCUGCUCCUUCCGAGUCCUUGAAUCAAAUCAUCACAAAGUUCAAUAAUGUAGGACUCAACACUACUGAUGUUGUAUCUGUUGGUUCUCAUACAAUUGGCUUAGCAAGGUGUACUACCUUCAACCAAAGGUUGUUCAACUUCUCCGGAACAGGUUCUUCUGAUGUUACUAUGAAUACUGAGAUGGUAACAGAUCUCCAAAACCUUUGCCCACAGAAUGGUGAUGGCAACAAAACCACUUCUCUUGAUCAGAACUCAACUGAUCUGUUUGACAAUCAUUACUUCAAGAACUUGAUCAAUGGAAAGGGUCUUCUCUUUUCAGACCACACUCUCUAUUCAAGUGAUGAUGAAGCUGUUUCAACAACUAAAAUGCUUGUGGAGAGUUAUACCAAUGACUCUUCCCUUUUCUUUAAGGGUUUUGCCAACUCCAUGAUCAAAGUGGGGAAUAUAAGUCCUUUAACUGGAUCAGUUGGGGAGAUACGCAAGAACUGCAGGGUUGUCAAUUAACAGUUCCAGUGAGCCCU